UAACGUGAGCCAGUGUUUCCACAGAUCCAAAGUAAAUUUCCUGAAACUGAAUAAAAAAUAUUCCGAAAUUCAUAGGCGUUUCCUGGAAUUUUCAAGCAUGAUUUUUUUUUAAAUCGGGCAAUAAUAGUAAUACAGCGAGCCUAAAUUAGGCCCAUGUGAUCCAAAUCAAGGAAACAUGUGUACUUGGUCUUGGCAACGAAAUCCCGACCACGCCCACUACAUUAUUGCGACGGGCAAAAUGAAAAACUCCCCCAUCGAAAUGUCUCAGAAAAUUGCUCUAGUUACUGGAAGCUCUACAGGCAUCGGUCUCGCCGUCGUCCGUGCUCUCUGCCGACUCUUUGGAGAGAAAGGAGCCAUAUAUUUGACCGCCAAGGAUGAAAGCCAAGAUGGGAUGCAGGCCGUUAAACUCUUGAACAGUGAAGGGCUCAGUCCUAGAUUCAAUCUGCUUGAUGUCACUGACGUAGCGAGCAUGGAGAAGCUUCGGGAUGAUAUAAAGGCCGAGCAUGGAGGCUUAGAUAUUUUGAUCAACAAUGCAGGAAUUGCCUUUAGAGGUAAUGAUGUCCCAAUGCCCGAGCAAGCUGAAAGAACGAUCCGGACCAACUAUCAUGGUGUACGUCUAGUGACCAAAGCUUUCUUGCCAAUCAUCAGGAAUGGUGGAAGGGUUGUGAAUCUUGCCAGUAAGGCAGCACCGAUGGCAUAUUACGAGAUGAGCGAAGAACUCCAGAAACGCUUCCGAGAGGUCACAACAGAGGACGGUGUGACGGACCUCAUGAAUGAAUUCGUAGAGGGCACAAAAGUGGGAGACCAUGUACUAAAGGGAUGGAGAGAUUGGGCAUACGGGACCAGCAAACUUGGUAUAGUAGCCCUCACCAAAGUGCAUGGUGAAAGUGUAGGCAAGGAUACAAGCAAAAAAGAUGUCCUCAUAAAUUGUUGUAGCCCUGGAUAUGUCCUGACUGAUAUUACAUCCCACCAUAGCGGCGAGAGAGCCAAAAUGAUAUUAACCCCCGACGAGGGCGCCGACACACCUGUCUACUUAGCCCUCUUGCCAGCCGGGACCACCAAUAUUCAGGGCAAGUACUUGUCCAAGAGGAUGGUCAAGAAUUUUUUUGAGGAGGACAUCAGGCCGUUCCAUCCUUUAGAUUAGUUCUCUUUAGUUUCGUAAGGUGCAGGAUUUCGUGGAGCGUUGUGGCCCAGUGGAUUAGUCUUAUGACUUUGAAACAGAGGGUCGUGGGUUUGAAUCCCAGCCAUG